AUGGCUGAACAGAAGCCCUCCGAACAUGUUCCAGGCGCCUCAGAUAUCAACGAUGAAGGCCCUUCGGCGAAACGACCCUGCAUGAAAGAUACGCCACCCAUCGCAUCGACGCCCGUGGACGAUGGCAGUGAUUUCUACAACACUCCCUGGACGGCAGGAACACCAGUGGAUAAUAGCAGUGAGAACAAAGAUACCACGGAUACGGAUAUGACUAGCGAGCCGGCAAUAUCAUCUAAACCUGCUUCUUUAAUACCAGGAUUGAGUCUCAUCAAUGACAGUCUUCAAGACCCGCAACCCGCGAAAGAGGAAUCUGCUCCAACACAGAACAUGCAUGACGAAAUGAACCACGAUAUGACCACUGGAAAGGAAAUAACGGAGAAGGAUACACAGCAUGCGACAGAGACAACAGACCAGGUACAGACGGCGCCAGCUUCUGAAGACGCCCAGCCGAUGGAUGUAGAGCCACGCAAGGAACAGCUUGAGCAGGAAGAAGCCAAAAAUCAGCCCGCGGAGGAGACUCUGAUCAAUGAGAACAAUACGAAUGUUGCAGCUCCCGGUGGUUUGCAAGAUCAUGAAGCUGAAGAGGAGGAAGAGGAGCAUCCCGAAUGGGAGGUUGAUUCCUCCCCAUAUGAAUCAUCGUCUGACGAUUCUACCACCGAUUCUUCCGAUGAUAGUGACGACGAAGAGGACUAUCCGAUUCUCUCCGCGGAGGAAACGGCGCGGAUUCUGAUGAUGGCGGAAAACGGCUCUGAUGAUGAGGGGGAAGGAAAGGGUAGAUCAGGCGGCAACCUGAGGACCGCAAAUGAAAUUCCGGAGGAAGCCCCUCCAAUUCCAGAAAUCACUGUCACACCUGAUCUGAAAAUUGUGCUUCUGGGACAUGUGGAGUCCAUCGUUGAAAACACCCUUCUUAUCACAGCCAACGUUUCCGGAGAAUACCAAGUGCUCGAGGCAGGUUCUCUGCUCUGCCUUGAAGAUCGAACAGUUGCUGGCGUGGUAUCAGAGACUUUGGGACGGGUCGAGAAUCCAUUGUAUGCGGUUCGAUUCCCCAGCGCUGCCGCUAUCGAGGAGCGUGGUCUCUCCAAGGGAAAGAAUGUGUACUACGUUGAGGCUCAUUCAACAUUUGUCUUCACUCAGCCUCUGAAGGGAUUGAAGGGAAGCGAUGCAUCGAACUUCCAUGACGAAGAAGUUGGCGAGGAUGAGAUAGAAUUCUCCGAUGACGAAGCAGAGGCGGAGUAUAAGCGGAGAUUGAAGCAGAAGCGACAGGAGCGCAAGGAAGCCAGGAAUGAAAACGGCGGGCCGUCUAGGGGCAGGAAAGGACCACCUGGUCCUUCGAAACUUAGUCAGACUGAGCUCAACUACGACGAUUCCCCGGCAGCCGAAGACGGAUACACUCCACUUGCUCGCCCGAAGAAUCUGCAUGAAAUGAUGAGUCAACAAGAGGUGCCUGUCGAGGGCGAGGGAUCUUCGAGGAAUCCUGCCUUCCGUGGUGGUAGGGGUCGUGGUAGAGGCUCCGAUCGUGGACGAGGCAACCGUGGCCGUGGUGCAGGAGGCUCAAGAGAAUCUCGUGAGCAUGGCUCAUACCACGACCGUCCGUCUUACUCUCAGCAGCAAAGACCAUCGGAUGCCCAGGCUCAACCCUCCAACUAUAACCAGCAGCCGAGCUAUCCUCCGGCUCAGCAGAACGUCUAUGGCAUGCCUCAGCAGUUUGCUCCAUUCCAACCUUUUACUCAGCAGCCUCAGCAAGCAUUUUCUCCAGGCGCUUUACCGACACAAUUCAACUUCCAAAUGCCUUUCCAACAAGCUUAUCAGCAGCCGAACCCCUACCAAAAUUUCCCUGCCAUCAACCCUCUAUUUUUAGCUGCAAUGCAGCAGCAGCAGCAACAACAGCAGCCACAACAACAUACCUCUGGACAGCCUCAGGUGCAGAAUCCUACAAUGAAUUUCGAUCAGGUCAAGGCUCAGUUGGAUCUCUUGCGGCAUCUGAGCAACGCGAAUCAAGGGCCGCCGCGCUCAUAA